UCGGAACGGAUCAGCAUUGUAACGGCCACAGUCUCGGUACGAUCCCAUUUCUACUCAGUGCAAUGAACGAUCGUGAGCAAGAGAAGCGCCCUGCCGAUCUGCCCGUAGUGUAUCGUCCAAACGCUGCGACGCCCAAUGGACACUACAGGAACAACAUUACCCGCACGAACCCCCUGUUCGGUAGGAGCAAAAGUGAACUCGAUAUAGCGAGCGGACAAUUCGAGCUAAAUCCGGAAGGAGCUGACUCGAACACGGAUCCGUUGUCAGCGUUAAUUGCACGCUCGUCCCGCAGCUCAACGGAAGCAGUUCCACCGACACCGCCACCCUUGCCCCCGAAACCAAUUACCGUGACCGGUAUCUAUCAGACGGAUAGUGGGCGCAGGGAGUCUACCAUAACGCCUUCGUACGACAUCUCCAAAAGCAUCGCCGAAAGUGCUAUGGACAUUUCUCUGCUGACGGCGAACGCGAACCAGCUGCGGCUGCUCAUUACCUACAACCAGGGCUCCAAGACGUACGUUGCGUGCAUCACGUUCGUGAUCAUGUCGCUGGUACUGCAAAUGAUGGUCGCCAUUACGAUGAUCGUAGUUUCGCUCACCAAACCCCAACGUGAUGAUCCGAAACGGCAGCGCGUCAAGAUCGUAACGUCGAUCGGUGUAGCCAUCAUUACGAUGAUCAACAUCCUUGUAGCAUCGCUGGUUGUUGCGGAACAACCACCCAAUGCUAUCGUGGCCUCUUCCGGCAGCGUGGUCGGUCUGCUUACCAACGUGAACAUAACGGAUAGCGCUCUUGGUGGAACGUAGAACACCUGCACGGAAGAACAGUUAUGACCUUGACAUAGCUCUCCGAUUUAUAGCAAUGCAGCUGCUGCUUUUGUCUUUUUUGUUAUUU